GGAGCUGAACAGACGGACCAAUGAGGUCCUUGUAGAAGCUGGCUGUUUCUGUGCUUUGUGGGAGUGGAACAGAAACCAAUCUGUGCGCGGCGGAGGAGGGUCGGCGCUAGAAGAGAGUGCGUGAACGACUUGCGCGCGAUUGAUGCACAAACGUGGACACGCAUAUUAUCACUUAAGUAACUAUGUUUCGCGGAAGAGCUCAGCGAGGCUAUUCCCGGGAGUUUCAUCACGGUCCGGCGUCGUCCGAGCCGAGUUCCAGAGGGCCGAAUGUGAGCCACUCGCCGCCGGGCCCUGGUCCUCUCCACCACGGCCCCUACAGAGAUGACCGCGUGAGGGACCGCGCUGCUUAUCACGGAUACCGCGGGAAUCCGGACGAGUAUCGGCGUUCUCCGCCGCGGAGGAGCCGGUUUCCGUCUCCUGACGCAGGAAGCAGCAGGAAGCUGUGCGGCGAAUUCCGGGGCGGUGGGCCUCCGCCUAGAGACCCCGGCGCAAACAAAGGACUGACACCUUCUCCGCCCCAUAGUGGCUUUCCUAUUGACCACAACCUAGUGAUCACUGUGGGUAAUGAGCUGACGGGGUUUUCUUCUCGAAAACAAGGCGACCACUAUGAGAGAGAUUACCAUGCUGGAAACGCGCACUAUCAUCCUGCUUUCCCUGAGAAGAAUCCAGGUUAUUUGUGGCUAGAUGACCAUAUGUACAGGAGGCGGAGCCGGAGCAAAGGGAGGAGCCGGGGGAGGAGUAGGAGCCAUAGUCAUGAUAGGGGGCGGAGCAAAAGUCAUCACCGCAGCAGGAGCUGCAGCCGGGGAAGGAGUCGGAGGAGGAGCAAAAGCCACCAACAUUGCCGGAGUUGGAGUCGUGGCAGGAGUUGGGGGCGGAGCAAGAGCCACACCAGAGGGAGGAGCAGGAGUCGUAGUGGCAGCAGCAGUAGUAGCAGCAGCCGCAGCAGCAGCAGCAGCAGUAGUAGAAGUAGGAGUAGCUCUCGCAGGGUACACCAUAGAAGCCCGAGUGCGCUUCCAUCAAAGGAUAAGAAAGGUGAUGAGUUUCGGGAACUGGAGCUGGCCCGAAGACGCAAGGAGGUGGAGGAAAUGUUAACCGUGCCUAAAAAGUCCAUUUUGAAGAAGCGUUUUGACUCUGAGACUGAUUCGCCAGCUGCUGUGCAGAGUGGUGACUCUCCAGUGGAAGUUAGACGAGAUCAACAGCCCAGCAGUCUCUCCAGGGAAACUGAGCGCUUUCUCCAAGUUGUGAGCAAAGGGAUGGAGUCAGGUCUGUUUGCAUCCAUGUUAGGGGAGAGGAGAGAGGAGUCACAGGAAGAGCAGAAGAAGCUGAACCCAAUGCAGAGCCCGAGCCAUCAGCAGCAUGAAGAGAUGCUUAGCAUGGUCAAGACAGAGACUCCCUGUGAGUUUCUCCUCCCUCACGAGAGGGUCAGGCAGGACAGUAGUGGAUUCUCGCGCAUUUUGGGUUUGAUGGGUGAUCUUCCUGGCUUACAGGAGAAAAAGAAAAGCUUCACAGACAUUGAAGAUGAAGAGCGGUUUCUCUAUGGGGAUGAGGAUGAAGAGGACAAGGCCAAGGCCCAAACACCCAUCCAGACGGGAGCCACCCAACAGUACAGUCUGUCUGAGAUAGCCGAGCAUGGUGAUGGCAAACCUGAAACAGUGCGAUAUCAUGAUGCAAAGUCAGGAAUAUCACAGUAUCAUGACAGUUCUGACUUUAUGCUGCAGUGUCUCAACCAAGAUGAGCGGACUCAUGGUCUUCCUAGCAAGUCAUCCUUAGCCAGCACUUUUCCUUUGAAUCACCGAGACCACUCUUACAUUGAGGACCAUGCUGAGGCCAAAACAAUUAGGAGUUCCCAUGAUCAGAACCACUUUGAUAUGAGGUACUGCCAUGGGAGCCAGACAAGCACCACUCUUGAGAAAGAUGGGAAAUCUGAAAUGUCUUGCCAGCUGUCAGAAUCUUAUUGCUACCCACCUGGAGUGGGUCCUCAAGAUGCCAAGGAGAGGCAGGACAUUGAAGAAUAUGAGAAAAUCCAGAAUCUGCUAAAAACCAUUGGGUUGGAUCUAGGUGUAGCAGAGAUCAGCAAGAUUGCCUCCAGAACACAGGAGCGCCUGCAUGGAAAGAAACCAGCACCAGCAUCUUCACGCCAUGUGGAGAAACAGGCCGAUCGGAGGGCCUCAUCAGCAAGCUGGGACAGACGUCACAGCGACAGCAGGAGUGGGAGCAGAAGCCGCAGCCCCAGUUGGAGCCACAGCUGUAAAAAGUCAUCACAUUCAGAGAGGUGUUCCCAAUCACCUCCCCCUUCUCGACGAACAUCUUAUGGUGAAAUCCACAUGCCCUCCGGCAGACUGGAGGUGGAAGAGAAAAACUUGGGAAUCCCCGUUUUGGGGAAGGAAGCCUCACAACCACCCAUCGUCACUGCUAUGAACCCCAUUCACAGCUCCCUAUCUGUCCCCCAUCCUGCCACCACUCUUGGACCCCUGCCUGCUCACCAAGUAUCAACUUACCCUCAGAAUCUGCCACCAAAUUACCCACCACUGACCCCAAACUAUCCACCCUCUGGCUAUGGGCAGUAUGGGAACUACAUGCCAUACGUGUCUCAGAGGUGGCCCAUGUACCCACCACCUUCUCUGGUGCCACCAAUGGCCCCAGUGGAAAAUCAGCGGGUGUCGACAGUAGCUGGACGACCUUACCUCAGAGUUAUUGAGACCGUUACCAUAGAUGAUCAAAACAAGGGUCAAACUCCCCAGAAGACUGAGUUAUCACUGGGAUCAAAGAGUGUGAUGAAAGAAGAUGCACACCUUGCCUGUAGUGAUCCAAAUCGUCAUGUUGCGAGUGGCCAAUGCUCAAGGGUGUCAGAGGAAAAGAAUAAUGCCAGUCAAAAACAGAAGGUUAGCGAAGAGUGGGAGAAGCUGAAGAAAGAACGAGAGAUGCGUAUGAAGAAGAAAGAGUAUCUCAUGAAGGAAUUAGAAAGGUUAAGGAAGCAGCAAGGGGAACUCUUGCGAAAGAAACGGCGAGAGAAGGACGGCCACAAGGACCCACUACUUGCUGAGGUGGGCCAUCUUCAAGAGGAUGUCAUGGCCCAGAUCUCCGAACUCCGCAAGGAACAUGAGGCAGCUGAGAAGAAGCGUGCUGAACUGGAGAAAGUGGCCAUCAUUCUCGGCCUGCACGUUUCUGAAAAAUAUAGGAAGGAAUCCCGAUUGUCUGUGGAGCAGGAGGCAGCAUCAGAGAAGGUGCGAGAGCAAGCUCGGACCUCCGAGAAGCCAGCAUCUGCACCAUCCACCAACGCCCCUUCUUCCAAGAUGUCAGCGUCAAGGAACUCUCCAGAAAAACAAAAGGUGAAAAGUUUAGUAGACAGCCCAUCUGCAGCAGGGACACCGAAUCAGUAUGAAUUCUACGAUGCUGGAAAUCACUGGUGCAAAAACUGCAACACCAUCUGUGGCUCCAUGUUUGAUUUUUUCACGCACUUGCACAGCAAAUCACACAGAAAGACACAGGACCCUUAUGACAGGCCUUGGGCAUCAAAUUCCUCUUGUAGUGAAAAGAAAUGGACUGAUGGAGAGAAGGUUGUCAAACCUGCAAAAGGGGCUGAGUUUAUGGUACCUAUAACAGGAUUUUACUGCCAGCUGUGCAAGGAGUUUUUUGGGGAUCACAUUUGUGCAGAAGACCAUGUCAGAUCUCCAUAUCAUAAUGAGAAGUACAAGAAACGCAUUGAGGAACUCCCACUCUAUGAGCAAAGGAGGAACCUUGACCGGCAGGCUGGACUCGCUGUGAUUACAGAGAGCCGAGACCGAAAGUACUCCGAAUUGAAGCGAAAGAUGGAGGAGGACCCCACGUAUCACAAGGAAGAGAGGCCCCAAAAUCAAAAGGAAGAAAAGUCAAUAUCUCACAAAGAGGAAAGAUCCCAAAAGAGUAAGACUGAAAAGACUAUAAGGUGUAAAGAUGAGAGAAUCCAAGACCACAAAGAGGAGAGACCAGAAAAUCACAGAGAUGAGAAACCUGUCAGUCACAGGAAUGACAUAAGUCAGAAGAAAGAGAAGGAGAAAACAGAUGAAUGUAAUGAACAGGUACUAGAGAAGGCCAGCAAAACAGAGGCAUCAAAAUUAGCUGAGCAGACCGAAAAGUUACCUGACUUUCACAGGGUGAUCUCUGGGCCUAGCCCCUCAAUCCUUGCUAAGGUGAGAAAGAGGAAUGAGGAGGCAAUCAAGAGCUCCUCAUCCUCCACAUCAUCUCCCCCUGCAUUUGGGAAAUUUAGCUGGAAGAAAGUGGACAAGGAGGAAGAGAAAGCUCCGGAGAACAUUAUGGAGGAGGAAAGUAGCGAUGUGGAUGGCGGAGGGGACAAGGAUGAUGGGAAGGCUGCACUGGUCAGGUCAAAGACCAUUGCCAUCAAGCUUUCAGGGAAAACCGUCAUCCCUCCUUCUAGUCCCUGGGUACCAUCCAAUUCCCAACCAGCCCUCUUGGCAAAAAUACGCCCAAAUCUGCCUGCACCGCCUAUGGUACUGAGGAAGUCAGGCCCUGGCCCCUCUAAUAAACCUCCCCCCUUAAACACUUUUUUAUCCAUCAGACCAUCUGGAAAUGGUAUUAAUAAACCUCUGCCUGUACUGAAGGAGCAGGACAAACAAGACACUAUGGUCACUCCUGACCUUAUUUCAAAAGCAUUUUGCGGUGAGGAGGUGGUUCUGAAAACUCCAGAAGUCCCAGAUGAAACGAUGACUGUUGGAAAUUCGAAAGCUGCCCAAGGAACAGAGGUGGACGUUAGUGUAGAAGAGGCCCCGCUUCCUCCGGGCAUGUGCAUACUGACCUACGAAUCUGAUGUGGCUGUCCCUGGGGUGCCGGAAAGUGAACAGACUGUGACUGUAGUGGUCCGUCCCCCUCCCAUGCUGCAGAAGAACCCGGCUGACCCUCUGCAGAAGACCGAGAAGCCAAAGUCCAACUUGGCUGCAGCAAAGGCACAAGAUCUGUAUGAUAUCUUCUAUGGCAGUGGGCCUUCAGACCACAGAGGAGGAGCCCGUGACUUGAAAAGUGUAGAUACCACCAAGAGCAAGGACCCAGAGGUUUCCAUCCCCUCGGGUGAACAUGAAAAUGACGCUGAGGCACAGGGGGCUCAAGAGUUUUGCAAAGAAGACCUCAGCCCAGAGGUCACUGCCGAAGGCUCCAAAUAGCCAGCACAAAGGCUUGAAAACUGACAGUUAAUUUGAGUUUGGAUCUAUGACACUUAAUUUUGAGUUCUCAGACCCUGGAUUUGGUGCCUCACUUCGUGGUGUAGACGAAGGCCUGUUAUGUCAGUGUGAAAUGUGAGUGUUGAUGUUUGAAUAAAGGAUAGUGGCUGAUUUGUAAAUAAAAUAGCAGUGGGAAGUGCCAAGUUGGACUGAAAAUCAAAGGUGACCAGGGAUCUGAGGACAGGGAUUCAAAAAUGUAGGGGAAUGUUAAACUGUGCAAAGUCAAACUGGAAGGCUCAUAGUGCAUUAUGAGAAUAAAACCAUCUUGAAUUUCCUCCGCUUGUUAUCCCCUAAAAAGGCAGCUCGGAAAUGUGGUGUGCGUCUAUAACAGUUUUACAUGGUUAAAAGUGAAAUUUGCUAGUUCAAAUCUUCCCUUACCUUAAAAAAAGGUAAUGUACAAAACUGCUUCUUAUGAUGUAUGUUUAUUUUGUCAUUUCACACUUAAACUGUUUUUCUAUUUUUAACAAAAGACUUGUUGAUACAGGAACAAGAGAACUUGGAGAAGACGACAAGAGUUGCUAAAGCAUUGAAGCAAGGACCAAAAGUGGUUUCAAAAAGCAUUUUCUGUGUUUGUUGCAGUACUCAGCACCAAAAUGCUGAAGAUACGGUUGUGGUGAAAAAUAUACAAAAUGUUGAAAUAUUUAAAUUUUAUUCUGCAUUCUUAUGAUGAUCUGAAUGCUGUCAUUAAAACUGCUCUGUAACCACUGCACAAAAUAACAUUUCAAUAAAUUGCUGUCAAAGU